AUGGCGCAGACUUUGAAUGACCGGUCGAAGGGAAGCACUGCCACGUCGGAUGGACGCGUCAUCCUCCACGUGGAUCUGGACUGCUUCUAUGCCGCGGUGGAGGCAGUGCGGCUCGGUAUUCCCAGGGACACGCCGCUUGCCGUGCAGCAGUGGGAGGGCCUGAUCGCGGUGAACUAUGCGGCGAGGGCGAGGGGAGUGCAGAGGCAUGACCGCGUGUUCCAGGCCAAGCAGAAGUGUGGCUGUGUGGUGGGGGCGAGGGGAGUGCAGAGGCACGAGCGCGUGUUCCAGGCCAAGCAGAAGCUACAGCUGAUACAUGUGGAGACGGUGGGGGGGGCGCCAGGAGCAGGGCGCAAUGCGGGAAAAGUCUCAUUGGAGCGCUACCGGGCCGCCUCUCAGCGCGUCUUUGCUGCCUUCCGCCGCGUGUGCCCCACUGUGGAGCGCGCGAGCAUUGAUGAGGCAUACAUGGACGUGUCUGCUAUGGUGGAUGCCAUGCUCUCACGCCCACCCGCUGCAGUCCCGCCUGCACCAGAUGAGGCCUGCCCAGCCACAGGUGCCACCUUCCCUGCUGCUGCUGCUGCCUGGGAGGAGCAAUGGAAAGCUCUAUUGGAGAGUGUGACUGAGGUGAAGGCAGGGGGUGCGACUGAGGUGAAGGAAGGGAGUGUGACUGAGGUGAAGGCAGGGGGUGCGACUGAGGUGAAGGAAGGGAGUGUGACUGAGGCGAAGGCAGGGGGUGGGACUGAGGUGAAGGAAGGGAGUGUGACUGAGGCGAAGGCAAGGGGUGGGACUGAGGUGAAGGAAGGGAGUGUGACUGAGGCGAAGGCAGGGGGUGGGACUGAGGUGAAGGAAGAGAGUGAGACUGCAGCGAAGGCAGGGAGUGUGACUGACGAGAAGGCAGAGGGUGCAACUGAAGCGAAGGCCGAGGAAACUGAGGGAGGGGGUAAUGAGGAUGGAACAGAGAAGAACGAUUCAGAAGAGGGAGGAGAGGGGAAGGAUGGGGUGCAGCAGCCGCAGCAGAAGCGAGUGGGGGAGAUGAAGCGAGAGCAUGGAGGGGCAGAAGGCGGAGGAUCAGCACUGGCGGUUCCCAAGGCACGGCUGGUGGUGAGGGAGGGGCCUCUGGAUGCACGGGACGAUGUGGAGAGGAGGCUGCAGGCAGGAGUGGUGAUAGCGCACCACCUGCAGCAGGAGGUUCUCUCAUCACUGGGCUACACGGUUAGCGUGGGAGUGGUGCGCUGCAAGCUGCUCGCCAAGAUGGCCUCCGCCAUGACCAAACCGUUUGGGAUCACCGUGGUGCCACCUCGUGCCGUCCCUGCCCUGAUGGAGAACGUUCCUCUGAAAAAGAUCCGCAAUCUGGGCGGCAAACUGGGGCAGGAGCUGCAGGCAAUGGGAUGUGCAAUUGCAGGCCAGGCACAGGCGCUGGAGCUCCCAGACCUCAUCGCCAGGUUCGGGGACAGGCUCGGGAACUAUGUGUGGAGAGCUGUGAGGGGGCUGGAUGAAACGCCAGUGGAGGAAAAGGGUGUGCCCAAGUCCAUGCUCGCUGCCAAGUCCUUCAACGCCACGUCAUCCUGGGAUGACAUCUGUCGCUGGAUGACCAUUCUCGCUCAGGAGCUCUCCCUUCGCAUGCUCAAGGACGCAAAGGACAACAAACGCCGCCCGCGCUCCCUGCACCUGCACUACAGGGGCGGCAGUGACGGUGGCGGCGGCAGUGGUGGGUGGGGGGGAGGCGGAGGCGGGGAGAAGUCGCGGUCUUGUGGCAUGCCUCGCGACAUCGAGAGGGUGAUAGAGGGGUUUGUGGACCGAUGGUGCAGGGAAGGGGGGAAGGAGGGGGGAGAGGAGAGACGGGAUUUGAGGGAGGAGGGGAGAGAGGAGGGGAGAGAGGAGGAAAGGGAGGAGGGGAAGAUUGGAGGGAGGGAGGAGGGAGUGGAACAGGCUGAGGAGAGGAGAGAGAAGCUUGGCGAAGAGGGUAAGUGUGAAAGGGGGGCAGACCGCGGGGAAGAAUUUUCAAAAGGCGCAGCUGUGGAGGGUAGGGCGAGAGGAGGGACAGAAGUGGAAGGCUGGUCAAAGGGUGUGGGUGUGGGUAUGGGAGAGGACGGGUGUGAAGGGGAGGGGGGGUGGAUGGAGGAGGAGAGGCAGAAGCUGCAGGCCUUGCUGGAGGCCCAAGGCAAGGAGGAGGGUGUGAGGGACAGGGAAGGAGAGGAAGACAGGGGUUUGGUGGAGGGAGGGGCAUGUGAAGGCAGAGAAGGGGGGGAUGUGGGUGAGGGAGGGGUGACGAAUCGAGGCGAGGAUGAAGGGGAGGGAAGCGAGGGAGAGGAGGGAUGUGAAGGAGUGGGUCGGCAUGAGAGUAGGAAACUAAGGAAAGAAGAGCAAAGCGAGGUGGGUAGUGGAGAGGAGGAGCGUGGGACAGAAGAGGGAGGGAAAAGGGAACAGAGAGAUUUAGGAAGACGAAGAUUAGUGGAACGAGGAGGAAGAGGAGGCAGAAGAGAGAGGGGCGGCAAGGGAAGGCUGGGUUCACGUAGCAUGAAAGUUGCUGUGGAAGGGGCGCUUAUGCGGAUGCUGGGUCAGAGACGAGUGAGGAAUGAGCACACAAGCGUGGAAGAUGCGGAUUUGGGUGAGAACCAAAUGCGGAAGGCAAAGAGGAGUGAGGUGCGGAGCGGUACCGAAGAGGCGGAGGAAGGGGCAGAGGUGGGGAGUGAGAGCGUGGAGCGUGGAGAUGCGUCAGAGCGAAAGAGGAGGAAAGUUGGUGUCUCAGGUGGACAGGAAUCAGAGUCUUUCUCGACGUGGAGAGUCACUGACGGUGGUGGUACCACGGGCGAGGGUGGUGGGGUCAGUUUGAAAAGGAAGCAUGUGGCGAGAGAGAGAGACGGGAGUGGUGCGAGGGAGGAUGACUUAGAAGCAGAGAGGUCUGGGAGGAACGGUGCUGUACAGGGCGAUGUGGAUGCGAUGAGGGAGGGAGAGGUGGGCGAAGAGAGGGACACGGGCAGAGGAGAUGGUAAUGGAGCCAGAGAGAGGAAGGGUGGCACGGAAGAAAGAGAGGGAGGUGAUGGUACGGUGGAAUGGCAUGAUAGUGCGGUUGGAGAAGGUGCAGUGCGGCAGUGUGGGAGAGAUGACAGGCGCAGGGAUGAUGGGGCGGUUGGAGUGGGAGAAUUGGAUGAGUGGGAAGGUGGGUUGAAGCAUGACAAUGUUGUUCAGGUGCAUGGCGUCAGUAGGGGUGGAGAUGAUGGGAACAAUGGUGAUGGUGCUGAUGAGAGACAAAGGGAGGAUUCGAGACGAGGAGAUGCACAACAGCACACAGACGAAGCAAAGGCCAUUGCCGCGACUAAACGUCUCGCAUCAGAAAUAGAACGGCACAAGACUACUGACGUCUUCUCUCUGUCCGAGGUUUCAUGGCUGCAGGACAACACGCCAGGCGCGUUAAGAGCCAUCAAGCGAGGGAGAGACGCAUCCUUGGCGUUGCUAAGGCAGGAGUUUCGAAUGCCGCUUACAGGAGAGCCAGGCUCCGUGCAAGCCCAAGAGGACUGGGGUCAACGUCUGGAUCAAGCCCUUUCGCUGCUUGCCGUGUUGAAUCGACGGCUGGCAGUGCUGCAGACACACUCUGCCACCGAUCACAGCGACAAUCUGAGCCAUGGUGUCAGAGUGGAGGUGCAGAGCAAGUUCCAAGUCAUGGAUCAGAUACAUUUCGGCGCUCUGUACCACUACCGAGUAAACUUUCCUUUUCCCUCCCCUGCUCCUCUCCCAUCCUCCCAUGUCUCUCAAUUCACCUUCACACACCCCUAA